AUGGACUCCAAAGACAUGGGACCAAUGGACUCGGCGUCGCCAGGCACUCCCUCCCCCGCGACCCCUCUCACCGCAAGUGGCUCUUCCUCGAGGAGGCCACCGCGCAAGAGCACUCUUACCCAACAACAAAAGAACCAGAAGAGACAACGUGCUACUCAAGACCAGCUCAUCACUUUGGAAGUCGAGUUCAACAAGAACCCCACCCCUACCGCCGCUGUCCGUGAGAGAAUUGCCGAUGAAAUCAACAUGACUGAGAGAUCAGUCCAAAUCUGGUUCCAGAACAGACGUGCCAAGAUUAAGAACAUUGCAAGAAAGAGCAUUGAGAACGGUGAGGACUGCGAGAGCAUUCCCGAGUCGAUGCGCCGCCAUCUCGCAAUGCAAGCGCUUGAGUCUGGAAAGGGCUUCUUCCCUAACCUCAUGGGCCCCGGCGGUAAUGGCUACGGCUACACUCCCGGCACCAUGAGCCUCAACUCCGAUGCAGGCACCGGAAAAGUUGUCAUCCAACACUUUGCAUGUCGCUCCCUCUCGAUCGGUUCCUGGCGCAGAGUCGGCCAAAGCCAGAUGGACCUGAUUAUCUUCUACUCGCCCGAGAAGGCUUGUGUUACAUACUACAUCAACAACGACUCGGCUGGCUACAAGAUUGAAUACCCCUUCGCUUGGAUUAAGAACAUAAACCUUGUCCAAGGUGAGGUCACAACCGCUGCUGAGGGCGCUUCUCAGAGAUUGGGCGCUCUGGUGGUCGAAUUGGUUCGUCCCCCCAAGUUCUACAUGGACAGCUCCGGCAGCGGUGGCUUCUACGAGUGUGGUGAUUUCACAGAGGACCAACAGGCCAGCAAGAUCAUGGUCCACCAGCUCGGCGGCCCCUCCAAGGCUCUCAGUGGUCAACUGGCCAAGCUCGUCUCUCUUGACUCUUUCCAGAACCGCCACACCAUGCUUGACCCCACCCACUUUGCCAUGGCUGCUGCGUCAGCUCCUGUCUCACCUGUUUCUUUCAGACCCGCCAGUCAGCCCAACCACUUAGUACACCCUCACUCGGGCGUUUUCCAGGACUCUGCCAUGGGUCUCAUGGGCCCGCCUGCUCCUCGCGGCCACAAGAGACAGCGUAGUCGUUCGGUUCCUGCCGCUAUUGACCUCUCAAUGCUCAGAAACAACCCAAUGCCUUCUUUCCUCAUUCAGCACGAACCCAACACACCCGCUCAGCCUCUCCAAGACACUGCCAUCUUUGCUCCUCAGCCUCAGCACCACCACGGUUUCUCCACAGGCAUGGGUCCUAACAGCCUUAGCAUCGAUACCUCCGCUGGAUAUGGCAUGGACUUUAGACAAUUCGCCGGCCCAAUGUCUGCCACCACUCUCAACUCUCCGAGCGACUUUGGUACUCCUGGAUUCUUCAACCCUGGCCCUACCAGCGACAUGAUGGCUCACUCCAACCUCAACACCCCGUACUCGAGUUCCUUCCUCUCGGUCGAUCCAUCCGCUAUGAUCGGUACCAGCAACACUCCUGUCUCAUGCCUUAGCGGUGGUGAUCCAGUCAUUGCAGACCAAUCACCGCCUCUCAACGGUCUUGGCCGCAGCCAAUCGGACGACAUCUUCAGCACUCCUGGAGGUGACAACGGCUUGAACGACGAUGCUCUCUGCCUUUCAUCUGAUGUCUACAACAAGUCGAUGGGUAUGGGUUUCCACAGCCCUCUUCCUGACGAGCACAUGGGUUUCGACUCGUCGCUCUCAGAGGCUCACUACGACUACAACUCGCCUAUUCCUGCAAACAAGAUGAACCUGCCUUUCCGCAUGCCUAACGAGACUCCCAUGCACCAGCAGUCGCCUAACCCCGCUCAAAUGGCUAUGCACCAAGAUUCUGCUAUUGCUUUCCAGUCGCCUACGCAUAUGGGCCACGGUGACCAUGGCCAUAACCUCUACCAGACACCCAAAGUUAACGGUACUGGUAUGUUCCAUGACAGCAAGAUGUACCAAUCACCAAUGCACGAGUCGGCAUACUCAACACCAGCUCACCACCCUUCCCACCUUCAGAAUCACGACGUGUACCACAGCCCUAGCUUGGGUGCAAACGAUCACCAAAACCAACAUGGCGAGGAGAUUGACAUGUCAAGCUUUGUGCAGUACGGUACCAUCGAUCCCGCCAGUCUUUAA